GUGUGCUGUGCUGUGUUGAGUAGUUCCAAAGCCGAGUGAGUGAGUGCAGCCGUCGUGCAUCAAUUAGUCUACCCGUAACGGUUGAGUUGGCAGGUUUCCCCGUUCGACAAAACUCCACUCGCGCACCCGUUCGUAGUAGGCGGCGGUCGACGGUGAAUCCCGGGAAAUGUCAGUGAGUAAAGUGUAGCUAUAUUGUGACAUAUCGGACAUAAAAACAAAAACAUUUACGCGGGCAAGAAAAGUGAACCGCAAAAAAUUGAAAUCGAAGCAGGCGGCGGCAAUGGCACCGGACGAAAGCAUGCCCUCAACGGCGGUCGACGAUGCACACACACUGAACGACAGCGAGCGACCUCGCGAUCGGGGUCUCUGGCGAGAUCUAGUAGCCUACUGGUUCCUAGGACUGUGCAACAACUACGGGUACGUAGUGAUGCUGACGGCCGCUCACGAUAUCCUGAAAGAACUGGACGGCGGUGGUGAUCAUCAGCAAGAAACGAAUGUUGACGAUGCCAGACGACCCUGCAACAAACUGUCCACCGGAGCGAUUCUGCUAGCCGACAUUCUACCGGCUCUAUCGGUAAAGUUGAUUGCUUCGUUCCUGCCGCUAUGGAAACAUGCCCGAGUCGCACUCUGUGUCGCUCUAGCCAGUGCUGGAUUCAUCCUGGUAGCGUUCGCUUCGGUUGAGUGGUUACUGUUUCUGGGUGUAAUCUGUACCUCGUUCGGAUCCGGUCUCGGGGAAGCUACGUUCCUUGCAUAUGGCAGCUUUUUCAACAAAAAUGUCAUCUCCACGUGGUCAUCGGGAACUGGAGGAGCGGGAGUUAUCGGGGCCCUGUCGUACACCGGUUUGACAAAAUUGGGGCUUACACCAAAAGCGACCAUGCUAGUUAUGCUAGUGGUUCCGGCCAUCGAAGCCGGUUGUUUCUGGCUGCUAUUGCGACACCGAGAUUCCAGCAUAGCGCCCGACAAUGCCGAGGAAGUUACGAUGAAGGAAGACUACCGGACUCUUCCGGAGGAUGAACGUCCCUUGCUUGACUGGCGGCAAAAGAUCAACUACAUUCCAUCGCUGUUCAUCUACAUGAUCCCGUUGGUGUUGGUCUAUCUAUUCGAGUAUUUCAUCAAUCAGGGAAUGUUCGAACUGGUCUACUUCCCGAACGAAUUCCUGGAUCAAUCGGAACAGUACCGAUGGUACCAAGUGCUGUACCAGGUCGGGGUGUUCGUGUCCCGUUCGUCGGUUAACAUCGUUCACAUCAGGCACGUCUGGAUCAUGGCCGUGCUGCAGCUGGUGAACGUGAUCUAUUUCACGUUCGAAGCCAUCUACAUGUUUACUCCCACCAUCUGGAUCAUCUUCGUGCUGAUACUGUGGGAAGGUCUACUGGGCGGUGGUGGCUACGUAAAUACCUUCUACCGGAUGCAGAUCGAAGUGCCGGAAGCUCGACGCGAGUACGCCAUGAUGAUCACCUCGAUUUCCGACUCCGUCGGAAUAGCGUUGGCAGGGAUUGCUGCGAUUCCUUCGCACAACGCCAUCUGUGAUCUACCGUUGCCGAAUCGGUUGCUAUGAACUUCACAGUCGACAAAAAAAAACAAAAAGUAACGGUGCUAUAGCUUUACUCGUAUGACUAACUUUUGUACUGCGAUGAUGCAAUAAAAUGUUAUGACUGACGAGGGUAAAUUCUCGUAAGACCGGCUCAACAAAGUUGAGUGAAAA